CGCUGUGUAAUUUCAUUGUGGUCAAGUGCUUUAUGUGUGUUUUGUGUAGUGAUCAAUUUUAAAUCACCAUCUGUCGAAAAGGUGGAGGGCGCCGCGAGAGCGAGGCGGGGGGUUGCGCGUGCGGCGCGCGUACCGUCCCCCCUGCGCCCGCACCGCCUCAUCCGCUCCGCGCCCUCGAUGACAUGCCGCCUGUUCUUAGGUCGAAUCCGCUAUACACGGAGGAAGAAGAGCAAGAGGUGGUGAUCAUCGUGGAUGAUGAUGUGGCGGAGGGAGAUACGCCAGACGCACCUCGUGUGCCUCGAAGAGCACCUUCCACCUCUUCAGGGUAUGGCAGUGGAGGCGGUAGUCACGGUCGGGUGUCCCCCAACUUACCAAAGAACGAGCAGUUCGAGCCAGAGCCGGUAAGACGGCUUUCAGUUUUGGACAAGAACGAAGGAUCUCAAAGCACAUCGGACUCCGACGGCAGUCCGUCGUGCACCAUGUCGAGGAGUUUGAAAGAGGAUAUUAGAGCGUGUUUGGGAGGAUGCAGUAGAGACUACACAGAGAAGCCUCCUGUUAGAUGGGAGAAGGAUGUCGGCGAUGUAGUCGAAGCUGCAAUCCGCGGCGCAGGUGGUAUAAGCGCAGCGAGGGCUCGUCUUCACGCAGCAUUGCUCGCAUUGCACGAUCCACCAACGAACCGUGGACCAAGUUUGCCGUAUUGUGGGCCUGGAGUCCGACCUGGAGAUGUCACUAUGAUGCCCAAGAAUCAGAUGUCUUUGCUGGCGACAAGCGCUUUAUUUACUCUGGACGGCGCUCGUGGUGAAGAAUUAACGAGAAGAUUAGCACGUGGAGAGCGCAGGAGAAGAAGAUGUCGAGCGAUUCUAGCGGUUUUAGCGCUUUUGUUGCUUCUUGCCGCCGUCGGAGCAGUCGAACUGCUUCUAUCUCGAGGACAGCGUGUUUUCGGAGCAGUGCUUCGUUGACAAAUAAUGUUAACAUACUAUUUAACAUUUCUACUCCUCGAUAAAAUUUAAGUCUCGAUAUAGCCGAAAUAGCUCGAUAUCAAUCAAAAUUAAACAUUGAUUUAUUGGUACACACAAAGAUUAUUUACAUCGAAUAUAACAUUUCUUCAUCAACUGGUUUCAGCUGAUAGAAUAAAAACUACUGUGAUUAAAAGGCCACUGAUUAACCCGUAGAUUAGUCGAGAUCAAGCAACUCAGCUUGUUAAUUUUGAUCCAUUUGAUUGUAGUACCAACAUAAGCCUUUUAAUACUUUAACAAACGCAUUAAGGAGCGUUCAGAAUCGCCAACUUUUUAUAGUGCAACGUAAGAUAAAUUCGGGCUGGGAAGGGUUAUUGGUGACUUCAUUUUUAUUAAUAAAAAAGGCUAGACUAGACUCCGGAAAAGCUAUUCUGAUAAACAAAAUCUGCCACUUGAUACGCAACCCAAUCGUAAAAGAUCCAAAAUCAUCGUGGUGAUACGCAAUUUUGACGCGUUUAUUGUUUAAAUAUUAUGUUUGUUAUUGUCAAUUUUGCGUAUCACUUUCUGAUAUUUCACGAUGACAUCUCCGUCGUUUUGCAUGCUUCUACAGAUAGAUGGAUGAUCGUAAAACUCAAGUUUCGAUUACAUCAUUUUUUUAUCGUUCUGUAACAGAGAGGUGUUUAUUUGG